AUGCUGACACAUCCGCUUGACUGGCUGUCUAUUACAGAAGACGACGAUGAGGCAAAGUACAUCUUCACAUACCUCGUCGAGCUCCUCCAAGCGCAAGAUCCACGCGAGACUGCGCCUGAGAGCCCGGUGAUUGGCACACCCCGCGGCCGCCGUCAGCGAGCCCCACUGCCAGGGCAUGUACACAGCCUCAUGAACAUGCAGGAUUCGCCUGCCCACGGGGUGUUGGGGCAGUUGAUGCAGGACCCCGGAGGUGCACGCCCGUGUGCAGCGCGCUGUUGA